UACAUAACUGUACUUAGAUGUAUGAAAAUAUACGAUAUUCUAACCUGAAAUUUUCGAAUAAUAAUUAAUAUGUACUAUUAUAUUGUAAGAAAUAAUUAAAGAAAUAAAUCUGGAAAACCAUUGUAUUAUGUAAAUCAACGACUAAAAUAUUUGUUAAUAAAUAUAUCAAAAUGCCAACAGUUAUAGCAUUAGACGUAUCUUUAUCAAUGAGACGUCCGAUAUUAGGAAGCGUGUCUGGUGAAAGUAAUCAAAAUGAACAAUUAACAAGACAUCAUUUAGCUGUACAUGGAAUAAAUGCAUUGUUACAUUAUUUACAAACGAAUUCAAAGUUGGAAUUUGUCGCUUUAGUUGUCUUUUCAUCAUUAUAUGAAGUUAUUUGUCCAUUCACUCGUGAUUAUGAUAGUAUACGUUCAAAAUUACAAUAUAUUGAAGAAUGUGACAAAACUUGCAUUGAAACUGCUCUUCAUGGUGUUAAUAAUGUUAUUAUGGCAGAAUGGGGCAAUACUACUGCCUGUCAAGUAGUGUUAAUUACUGAUGGUAAUCCUGGCGUAGGACCAAUGUCUUUAGCUGACUCUUUAAAUUCUUUAAAUGUAACAAGAGAUAUAAAUCUAUUUCCAUUACCAUUUCCUUAUCCAGGAAAACUAAGUGUUGUAUGUAUCUCAUCACAGCAAGAUGCUGGUUUACAUAUUGCUUUACCAUUAUACCAACGAUUAGUUGAACUUGCUGGUGGUGAUAGUGUAGUAUUAAUUCCUGAAACACCAAUUUCAAAACAUUCAAUUACAGCUUGUUUUCAAAAGUUAGCAGAAACUAAUUAUGUAUCUUUUCAAGGAUAUUUGAAAUGUGGAAAUUUAGGUUCUCGUAUACUUCUUUCACCAGCACCUAUGGCAUAUACUAAAAAGACUGAUUUUGAAUUAGUAUCUGGUUUAAUAAUAUCAAAAACUAUAGAAAUUUGUGGAUUUAUAUCAGUAGCAGAUGUUGGUAGUCCUAGUGCUAUAUCUAGACAUUUAGUAUUGCCAUUAUCUACAGAAAAAAAUUCAAGUAUGCAAGGAAUAUCUCUAGAAGAAGAUUCAGAUACAGAUGAGAAUGGAGAUGAAGGGAAAGUACCAUCCUUUUGUGUGCUGUUACAUGGAGCUUUAAAGGUUGAAAAUAUGGUAGCUCUUUGUUUAUUAAGUAGUGAAUGGUAUGGUUUUAUAUAUUCAUGGGCAGAUACAAAAAAGAAAUCAAACUUAAUGUUAACAGUCUUGGAGCCAGGUUUAGAUGUUGUACCUUGGUUAGGUAAUUUUAGCAAUUUAGGUCCUAUUGAUGCAGCUAAAGGUGCGAUUAUUAGUUUCCCAGUUAGACCAAAUGAAAAAAGAAGUUAUACUCAAAAUGCACCUUCUUGGAUUCGUCAAAUUGGAUUACAAUCAGAUAUUCAAAAAAUUUUAAGACAUGCAAGAAAAUUACCUGAAAAAACUCAAAAUUUUUAUAAGGAGGUAAAUCGAUUACGUAGAGCUGCAGCAUCAAUGGGAUUUGUAGAACUUUUAGAAGGAUUAGCUUGUAUUUUGGAACGAGAAUGUACAUUAUUACCUCCAAAUUUAAACCCUGAUUGUACAAUUCAAAUGGGUCAUGUAGCAUCUUUGAUUAGAAAACCAGAAUUUCUAGAGCUUAGAUACAAUAUUCCACCAGCACGUACUAGAUUUCAACAUGGAGGAUCAUAAAUAAAACAAAAAUAUGUUUAUAAUAUAUAAAUAUAUAAUUAAUGUAUAUAUUAAUUCUGCACAAAAUAUUUAUGUAUC